AUCAUGGAAAGAAAAGGUGAUUUUAAACUGAGACAAUAUUUAGAAUUGGAACGACACAUUCAAGAAAAAUGGGAGAAUGAGAAAAUAUUCGAAGAAGAUGCUCCAAGUUCUCGUGAUAAAAGCUCCAAGAGCAAAUUUCUCGCCACUUUCCCUUAUCCCUACAUGAAUGGACAACUUCAUCUCGGACACUCGUUCUCUUUUUCCAAAGCUGAGUUUUCCAUUGGUUACCAGCGUCUCAAAAACAAACACUGUUUGUUUCCUUUCGGUUUCCACUGUACCGGUAUGCCCAUAAAAGCUUGUGCAGACAAAUUAAAGAGAGAAAUUGAACUCUAUGGUAAUCCACUAUUUCCUGAAGAAGAAGAAGUGACUGUUGAUGAUAAAGAAGAUGAGAUUAUUAUCAAAGAUAAAGCAAAGGGAAAGAAGAGUAAAGCAGUGGCUAAAAGUGGUUCUACCAAGUAUCAAUGGCAAAUUAUGGCAUCUUUAGGGCUAAAGGAAGAGGAGAUUGUUAAAUUUACGGAUGCAAAAUAUUGGUUAACUCAUUUCCCUCAACUUUGUAGCAGAGAUUUGAAAAAGUUUGGUGCUCAUAUCGAUUGGAGGAGAUCUUUCAUCACCACAGACGUUAAUCCUUAUUAUGAUUCCUUUGUCAGGUGGCAAUUUCUUCGACUUAAGAGCAAAAACAAAGUGAAAUAUGGUAAAAGAUAUUGUAUUUUUUCACCUAAAGAUGGUCAGCCCUGUAUGGAUCACGAUCGGGCAACUGGGGAAGGCGUUGGCCCUCAAGAAUAUACGUUAGUAAAGAUGCAACUUGUUGGUUCGCCACCAGCUAAAUUAGCCAAAGCUUUGCCUAAAACUAAUUUAUCAGACAAAAUUUUCUUGGUGGCAGCUACUUUAAGACCAGAAACUAUGUAUGGACAAACCAAUUGUUGGCUAAGACCUGAUUUGAAAUAUGUCGCCGUCCUUUCUGAUCAAAGCAUAACUAAACAAUCAGAAGUUUACAUUUGUACUGCUCGAGCUGCAAGGAACAUGUUUUACCAAGGAUUAGUUCAAGAGGGUCAAAUCGUUGAGUUGAUUGGUACAGAUCUUCUUGGGUGCAAACUUAGAGCUCCUUUAACUAGCCACGAGUUUAUUUAUGCUCUUCCCAUGUUAACUAUUAAAGAUAAUAAAGGUACCGGCGUUGUUACUAGUGUUCCAUCCGAUUCUCCUGAUGACUUUGCCGCUCUUCGAGACAUCAAGAAAAAACCAGCUCUUCGAGAAAAGUAUGGAAUUAAAGAUGAAAUGGUUUUACCAUAUGAUCCUAUUCCUAUUAUUGAAAUUCCUGAUUUUGGUAAUUUAUGUGCUGUAACAGUUUGUGACCAAUUGAAGAUCCAAAGUCAAAAUGAUACGGAAAAACUGGCCGAAGCCAAGGAAAAGGUUUAUCUCAAAGGCUUUUACGAAGGUGUGAUGACCAUUGGCCCUUAUAAAGGGUCUAAAGUCUGUGACAUAAAGAAGGCAAUUCAGAAAGAAUUGGUUACCUCUGGUGAGGCCAUGAUUUACAUGGAACCUGAAAAACAAGUUGUUUCUCGGUCUGGUGACGAAUGUGUUGUAGCUAAUUGUGACCAAUGGUACCUCGAUUAUGGCGAAGAAGAAUGGAAAUCAAUCACCAAAAAGUGUCUUGCCAAUUUAGAAACUUUUUCAGAUGAAGUUCGUAAAAACUUUGAGUCCAUUUUAGAUUGGCUUCAUGAGUAUGCUUGUUCGCGUACUUAUGGGCUAGGUACCAAAUUGCCUUGGGACGAGAAAUGGUUAAUCGAAUCCCUUUCCGAUUCUACUAUUUACAUGGCUUAUUACACCAUUUGUCAUUUACUCCAUAAAGACAUUUAUGGUAAAGAGCCUGCAUUUGGGAUCGAGGCUUCGAAAAUGUAUCCUGAAGUUUGGGACUACAUUUUCCUGGCUGAUAAACCUUAUCCAGCUGAAGUCGGGAUCCCCAAGGAAAAAUUGGAUCGUCUUCGUGAAGAAUUUCAGUACUGGUAUGGUGUCGAUUUACGUUGUUCAGGAAAAGAUUUGAUCGCUAACCAUUUAACUUUCUUCAUGUAUAAUCAUUGUGCUAUUUGGGAGAAUGAACCUGACAAAUGGCCGAAGGGAAUCAGAGUAACUGGACACUUACUUUUAAACAAUGAGAAAAUGUCAAAAUCAACUGGUAACUUUAUGACUUUGGAACAAGCGAUCAAAAAAUAUAGUGCUGAUGGUGUGCGAUUUGCUUUAGCCGAUGCCGGUGAUACAGUUGAAGACGCUAAUUUCCUUGAGAAACAAGCAGAUACUGGACUGUUGCGAUUGUUCAAUUUCAUGGAAUGGACUAAAGAAAUGCUUUCUUCAUCUACUAAAUUACGAGACGAAAACAGUUCAUCUCUUUCCUAUUUCCCUGAUCAAGCUUUCAAUAAUCAAAUGAAUUAUUUAAUUGGUGAAACCAAUUCUCAUUAUAAAUCAACAAUGUUUAAAGAAGCUUUGAAAACGGGAUUUUUUGAAUAUCAAGAUGCUCGUGACAAAUAUCGUGAACUAUGUGGAUCCUCUGGAAUGAGUAGAAAGUUAGUCAUGAAAUUCAUCGAAACUCAGGCCAUUAUCCUCAGCCCGAUUUGUCCUCAUAUUUGUGAAGCCGUUUGGUCUCUUCUGAAAAGGGAAAAGCCCUCAAUUAAAAACUCCAUCAUGAAAGCGAGUUGGCCACCAACCGAACCUGUGAGCCUCGUUGUUAGACAAUCAUUAGAUUAUCUAUUCGAAGCGUGUCAUUCAUUCAGAGUUCGUCUGAAAACUUAUUUGACUCAGAAAAAUAAAGGAAACAAAGGAGAGAAAAUAAACCGAGCGACUCAUGGUGUUAUUUAUGUCGCUAAAAAGUUUCCCCAAUGGCAGGCAUUGAUUAUAUCGACGCUGCAUGAUCUUCAUCUCGAGAAUGGAUUAACUCUUCCCGAAAAUUCUGUGAUUGCUCAGAAAUUGGCGCAACUUAAUGACCUGAAGAAGUACAUGAAAAAGGCGAUGCCUUUUGCCGAAACUCGACGAAAAAUGCUUAUUACUCAAGGAGAUCAAGUUUUCAAUCAAACUGCUCCAUUUGAUGAGUUUGCAGUUCUUAAUGAGAACAUUAAAUAUCUUCAGUCAACACUUGAUCUUGAGGAAUUGCAAGUUAAAUAUGCUGAUUGUGCUGAAUCAAAGAUCCAAGAAGAAUCUUGUCCACUCGAACCAUACAUUGUUUAUCGAAAUGACCCAUCGAUAGUUAUGAAUGUGAUCAACAAUCAGCCUUACAAACCUUUUUUCAAUUUGAAGGUUCCAGUUUAUGAUGGAGACAAUAUCGAUCGAGUCACUUCAAGGAUUUUAGCUGAAAGUAAAAAUAUCAAAGAUUCGUCUUCUAUUUCUAUUUACCAUUAUUCUGAUCCAAUUAUGGGACCACGUCACUUACCUAAUCUCGAUAAGCCUCUAGAAAACUUACAAUUAAUCAACAAUGGAUCAACAAUAACUUUCACCAAAGAAGCUAAUUGCGAAAAAGUCUUUCUCAAAAAGCGGACCGAAACUGUUGAGAUUGGCCACAAUUUAGUUUAUUGGGUAAACGAUAAUUAAGUAUUUCCCUCGGGUGUCCUAAUGCAAAUAAAUUUUUAAAAUAUUCAUUAAAA